ACUACUCUCCAAUCACGUGAUUUUCCUUUAUAAAUGCAACUUCUUAGUCCAAAACUGACGAAACUUGUAUUCUGGUGGGAGCUAGAGAGAAUCUACAAAGAGAAGAAGCUAGCACUUGAGCUCACACACAACACAAACAAUAAACUUGUUGAGAAGAAAUUAAGAUGGAAUGGAAGAAAUAUUAUUUGGAUGUGGUGCUUGUACCAUUGGGAUUUCUGAUAACCUUAGGUUAUCAUGUUUGGUUGUGGCAUAAGGUUCGCACACAGCCUUUUUCCACCAUAAUCGGUAUCAAUACUCAUGGAAGACGCUCUUGGGUCCCUGCCAUGUUGAAGGACAUUGAAAAGAAGAACAUCCUAGCAGUUCAAACUCUUCGUAAUCUGAUAAUGGGAUCAACUCUUAUGGCGACAACGUCCAUUCUCCUCUCUGCUGGCUUAGCAGCUGUCAUAAGCAGCACUUACAGCAUUAAGAAGCCUCUGAAUGAUGCUGUAUAUGGGGCCCACAGUGAAUUCAUGGUGGCACUUAAAUAUGUGACACUCCUAACCAUAUUCUUAUUCUCAUUUUUCUGUCACACUCUCUCCAUUAGGUUUUUCAAUCAAGUGAGCAUCCUGAUUUGCACACCACAAGAUGUCAUGUCUAUGGUCACCCCUCAAUAUUUGACUGAGCUUUUGGAGAAGGGAACCAUUUUGAGCACUGUUGGCAACAGGCUCUUCUACUCAGCACUUCCUCUUCUCCUUUGGAUCUUCGGGCCUGUCUUGGUUUUCUUGUCUUCUGUUGCCAUGUUACCAGUGCUUUACAACCUAGACUUUGUUUGUAGGGGAAGGAUCAUGAAGAAUGACAAAGGGGAGGACUAUGUUUGAUGUGUUGAGCUAAGGUCACAAACAUUAAACAUGAUAAGGAAAUAUAUAUGUUUUAUAUGUGUAGGUAGGUCACUUGGUGCAUCAUUUACAACUUUAACGUUGUAAAGGUGUCGUAGUUUGCUUGCACAGCCACAUGCUGGGGCGAUUCCUAAAAUAAUUCAACUGCUUUUUCCAAUGUAGCUUUCAUUGUGAUUACCAUUAUUAACGUUUUAGUUGUUUCCUAAUGGGACUAUAAAGACUUGCACAUUCAUAUAAUAUAUAUUUUUUCU